AUGCAGCGUGAGAUACCUCAAGCUAGUAAAAAAUCUCGGCGUAAGCUGGUGCGUCUGUCGGAGCAAAAUCGCAUCUUUAUCGACGUGUUCGACAAUGGACAAGUUCAAGUGAUUUCCGAGUACCCAACAGUUUGGUCUAGUUCCGAACGGACUGUAAUUCGCAACUUUGUCACAGCACCUCUACAUCCCUCGCUGUUAGAUGGUAACUUUCCAAGUGAUUAUUAUGAAUCGUCGCCGGAUAGCCUGUCCGAAUGGAGCUACUCGGUGGAAUCUACGAUAUCGGAAGAUGGUGCUACACCCGAUGAUGAGAUGACGCUGGAAGUGUAUGGCGAUAAUCCGAUAUUUUCUGUUCCCGUUAUUGAGCUGCCGAGUGAGCAAACAACAACGGGUUUUAGGCAGCAAGAGGUGCGGAAACCAGAUGCUGAAAGUCGUCAGUCAGUUUCGAUUGUUGGAAACGUUCGAGGUCAUGCUGUUGGGGCUGUUAUCGAACCAAGCAGUACAGUUUUAAUGCAGCUGUCGACAAGCCAGGCGGAUGUUGCACAUCAACGGAUCAUGGAUUGCGUGCGACAAGCUAACGAACUGCUGGAUAAUGAGGAGAGUGUAGUGAUAUUGAAUUAUCCUGGGGUAGAGGAAUCGCAAAGUUCUCGAAGGACGUUCAUCGAUCACAGAAGAGCGACUUUAAAGAUGAUCGAAAUGGCGGAAGAUGUUUUACGGAGAGUACAGGGAUCUUCGAGGGAGUCAAUUCUAGUGAGAUUGCAAGAUACUUUGAAGGAGAUUUUGAAUCAACCGGAGAAUACGGUUGUAGUUCAUAGCUAUUCUAGGGAAAAUUUGGAGGUAGCAGAACCAAAAUCGGAUGCUUUUGUUGGGUAUUUUAGCAAAGAUCAAGAUAUGGCUUUAUAUGUGCAAACCCCGCUGUCCAGAGAUCAUCUCGCUGGAAGUUUUUCCGGAAGUGAGGAUGACGAAGAUCGAAUGCCUUUGGAUCGUCUCAGAAGUUUUCUUCGGAACUCCAUGAUUGAUCAGGAGGAAAUCAUGGAUAGAACGUUGUCGACAGAACCUGCUAUAAUUGUAAGCCAGUCGGGAAAUAAAAUCGUAGGAGUGUUGAGUUUUCCUGACACCUCAUCUGGAUUAGUCACAACUACGUCUGACCGCUUUCCGAUUGCUGGAAACCGCGAUGAAAUGGUAAAAUCUACCAGGGAUCUUUUCAGGAAACUAGUUCAACAGCCAAGUGAAAAGCUUUUGAUUCAAGUUCAUUCCGAUGAGGAUCGUAGUAUUAGAGUGAAGCAGAUAAAGCAGGACCUAGAUCAGACGGUUCGAAGUGAUUCAAUGGAGGACAAACUUCCCGGAAUCAGUGUUCGAGAGAGUGAAGAUAAAAUAAUAGGCGUAUUGAGCUAUGCUGGAGGUUCGGUUGUAAUUCAGACCUCAAGCAAAAAUUGGAUUAAACAUCAAACUCAUGGAAAUUCACAGGAUUUGUUGGUCUCGAUUCGGCUGUUGAUGGAAAAGUUCAUCAUGAACAAUGAGCUCAGUGAAGAAGACAUGAAGCGCAUAGCGACAAUCAUUGCGGCAGUGUUUCAUAGCGAAAAACUGGAAUUAUCUAAAGAUUUUCUUGCGAAACCAUUGCUCGAAAAGAUUCGUUCGAUCGUUCGACAGCUUUUGAUGCCUGCAGAGGACGAAAACCCUCUCGAAAUUAUCAGCCAAAUUCAAGAGACUCUACAGGAUGUUGCGCAACAAAAAUCUACCAGCAGUAAAGCUUUCGAAACAGCCAAUUUGUUACGUAAUUACUUCGAGGAGCUAGUUUGCGAUGAAGACUCAGAGUUUGAAGCCAAUGACAUCCUGCAGGCGCUACGCGAUGGGCUGCUAGAGGUACUUGUUCACUACGAAACUUCGCUGUCCAGUGCACUUGGAGAACUUCUGGAAUUGCUUAACACUAUUCCUGUAGAAGCCAGUGGAAUAGAUGUGUCCAGUUGUCCUGGUGUAACGCUACUUACUGAUCGACAGCAAGAGCCUCCACGGCACUCGGAAGAAUUGGACAUUCAAUCCCGCGAAGUAAUUCAACAAGUACACGAUUUGCUCAGCGAGGAAGGACACGUCGAAGACCGUACGGUUACCUACAUGUCAAUAUUCCAGGCACUGUUUCUCACUCUGGUCAACAUUUUCGCCGGUUGGAGUCUCAAAGUGAAGGCCUUUCUUAACAAGGUACCUGAACCGCCGCUCAAAUCCGAACCUUCAUCGCUAGGGAGGAAGCCUUCCGUUUCGUUUCAUUUGGUUCCGGAUUCGGACGAUGAAACACCACCAGACCUGUCCGAGCAGCUACAACAAGAAGGGCGGCAUCUAAAUGAAACCAUCGAUGAACUUCGGCAGUAUUUGGAACGGUCUCUGGAUGUUCCGGAUUCGUGGCAACGGGAACGUAGAGGAUCGUUACUGGAGACGGAAAGAGAUCAGCAGGUAGUGAAGGAUCGAAUGUUGUUGCUUUUUGGUAAAUUGCUGGAGGAAUCCGGAAAGCUGAAAGUAACGGAAAGGUCAGCAGAGACGAUCCACUUGCGGUUGGAGUCGGCUUCCGGGGACUUGGUUCGGCGGGAAACCGACCGCUUUGUGGUACUCAGCGGAAACGUCCGUGAUCGGCAACACAAUUUGGGGUUGUUUUUCGAGGCUCGGCUGGUUGAUCUGAAGCACGCUAGCGAAGUUGAGUCGGAAGUGGAGUGCGUAACGGAGGUGCGACGGCUGUCGGAUGAGCAGGAAGACGUCCUCGUGCAGGAGGUACUUCCGCAGAUUGUGGAGUCUUGUUCGGCGGACGUUGGAAGCGCGCGUGACGAGGUGGUGGAAAGUGAACCGCAGCAGCCUUGGAUGGAGGAUGGAUUGCGGGAAAAUCUCAGUAGAUACUUUGGGAUGAUACAAAAUUUUAUUCAAGAGUCGGUAGAACCGAUGAGGGAGACGAUGAACAUGAUUUUAGACCAUAUGUCUUCGAGAGGAGCGGAGAGAAUACGAGAAUUGCGUUCGAGUUUCGCGCAAGCUGGAAGCAGUUUGAUUGAGGAUUACAUUGUCGAAUUGCAGGAAAGUGGAGAGGAAAUCCAAAUUCGGUCAACAGAAGCUGAAUACGACGACAAAUGUGUUCAAAGUGAAUCGUUGGAGAGCUCCAAAAGUCACAUUAAAGAUGAAGACGUUCGAAUGAUGAGAAUUGAAAGUGACCUACAUGAAAUUAAGGAUAAACUGCAAAUGCUUGAUCGCAUCUACGAGUCAUUGAUGCAUCCGAGACCGUCUUCGCAGUCCAAAUCAGAAGACUUAUCUCUCGAGAUAGAUAUUCUACCGAGUGCUCCUCCCUUUGAUGAACUUGAGAUCGUCAGUUCCAAAGAUUUUGAUGCGCAAAGUAUAGAAAAUUUGGAAGACGCCCGAAUCGUAAAAAUAUAUGAACGAUAUUCACGAGAUUCGAUUUCCAGUAGUGAUGAGCUUGAAACCGCUGUUCAAUGUUCUGAAAUCGACGAAGAAGUUGUUGAAAGUGAGACAGCCGAAACAACAAUAAUGCUUAGCACGGUAUCAAAAACAGAAUCAGAACUCGUUGAAAGUAUGAUAGUGGUUACAAAGGAUACGUCACAGGAUCUUUUAGAUGUACAAGCGGAAACUAUAGAUGACCAGCGACUUUCAGAUCAUUCCGUGCAGCCAUUGGAGUCGCGUGAAGAGUUCAUUUCUACAGAAAUUUGUUCGGAUGAAUAUGAGAGGAACACAGCGGACAAAGCACUUCAGACAGGAUCACUUCCAGAGCUGAUUGAGGAUGUAUCAGCGAAAAUAAUGGGUAGUCAGAAACUGUCAGAUUCUAAACUGCUCCAUAUCUCUGACGAAGCGAUUCUACAGAGUGAAGAACAUCCAAAACCCGACGAGUUAGUCGUUGCAUUAGACUCAAGUGACCCGACUUUGAAACUUUUCUCAAGUCAAGAGUUCUCUCAAGAAAGUCAACUACAGACUACAGAUCGUAUACACCGAGAACAUUCUGAAGAUACUUUUUUAUCGAGUGAGAAAUGUCCGUCAGUUGCAGCAGGAGUAGAUGAUGGCACUUUCAAAAUUAGUGAAGAAGUUUUGACAUCUCAUGAAUCUCUUCGAAAAAUCUCUCAGUUAACGGUGCUGGAAACUGAAGAGGCAAUUACAGAAGAUGUAAAUCUAUCUGAGCAAUUGACUAUUCUAGUGCCUGAGUCUAUCGCUGAAGUUAUUCCUCAGCUAACGGUACUUGAGGACGAAGAGGCAACUACAGAAUAUGCUAAACAACCCGAGCAAUUGACUGAUCUACUACCUGAGUCUAUUACUGACGAAAUUCCGGACGAUCACUCCAAUAUUGUUCCUCAGCUAACGGUGCUUGCGGACGAAAUGAAUGCAAAAGACGAUACUAAACGUCCUGAGCAAUUGACGGAUCUACUACCUGAGACUAUAAAUGAAGAUGUCUUGGACGAUCAUUCCAUUAUUAUUCCCGAAGUUCCCGCAAUUGACCUACUUGAGGAAGAAUCUCAUGCUUCAUAUUCUGCACUGAAUAUUGAUUCAGAAAAACCAACUUCAAAGACAAAGCAGUCAAUCGCAGAGACACCUGUCAUAACUUUAGGUUCUUUGCCAGAAAAGACAUUCGAAUCCUCUACUCUGGAAGCAAAGCAAUCAUCAUACAAUCGACUAGAUAUUGAACUUCCGACUGCGUCAGCUGAAGUUGUUGUCGAUAUAAUAAAGCAAAAGACGAUGGAACCCGCAGAAGUCGAUCAACAGCUUAUUAUAUCUGAUUCUAGCCAAGAAGGAAUAGCCCAAGAAUCUUUUACUCACAAUGAUUUCUCAUCGCAUGAAAACUCUGAGUCUAUCGAAUCCCCGUCAAGGGAAGCGUUUACUGAUCAGACUCCCGUAGAGCAAAUCGUUGAGGUCAAAAGCCCCAAACCUUCCCGCGACCGGACCCAAGAUUCAGCAUCAACUAACUUAGAAAAUCAUCCAUCUGUAACGGUUUUAUCAAGACAUUCGACUCAUAGCACAUCGAAUUCAUCGCAUGCCAUCGACAACGCUGCAAAAGCAAUCCUGAAGGGCGAGCAAACCAAACGCUCGAGUCUGUGCAGUCUAGCGUUGAGCUACCUAUGCCCAAGUGCCGGCAGCCAAAAGCGCUACGCUUGUCCAGUGGAGAUUUACUCCUGCCACCAGGUCGGUCCGAAUCAACUUAUGGUUCACUGGAACGUUGCCGGUCAGUUCCUCGAUCAAAUCGAAGGCUACAAGAUUCAGUUAAACGGUGAGCUGGCCGUCAUCUGCUACUCCCGACGGCGACGAACGGCACUGCUAGAAAACGUAGAUGUCAACCGACAGCACUGGAUUGCCAUCUAUGCCACACCUAAAGCUUCAAUUGGUGAUCACAUCCCACCCUGGAGUCCCGGAGUAUUUUUCUAUCAUCGCUGA